AUGAGCUGUGCUCCUUCUUAUUACCUCCUGUUUGUUUUUGCAGGCUGCAGGCUCUUGGCCGUGGAGCUGACCUCCAGCAACACCAAGCCCGUGGUGCAGGAAUUCCAGAGUGUGGAGCUGUCCUGCAUCAUUAAAUCCACCGUAACAGCAGAUCCCAGGAUUGAGUGGAAGAAAAUCCGAGAUGGCGAAACCUCUUAYGUAUUUUUCGAUAAUAAAAUGCAGGGAGACUAUGCAACUCGUGCAGAAAUCCUGAGCCGGACGUCACUGGUGAUUAGAAACGCCACCCGGAUGGACACUGCCACGUACCGCUGUGAAGUGGCAGCGCCUUCUGAUACCAAAACCAUAGAUGAGAUCAAUAUCCAGCUUACAGUCCAAGUGAAACCUGUGACUCCUCGAUGCAUAGUGCCUAAGGCUAUACCUGUUGGUAAAACAGCCUCUCUCCACUGCCACGAGAAUGAAGGGUACCCAAAGUCCACUUACAGCUGGUACCGCAACAGCGAGCCCUUGUCACCGGACACGAGAUCCAAUGCCAAGUUACAGAACUCCUCCUACACCGUUAACCCCACCACUGGCACCCUGGUCUUCCACGCCGUGCACAAAGGCGACACAGGCCGUUACUCCUGUAUCGCAACCAACGACGCGGGUUUUGCCAAGUGCGAGGAGCAGGAGAUGGAAGUCUAUGACCUCAAUAUUGGGGGGAUAAUUGGCGGAGUCCUGGUGGUCCUUGCAGUUUUGGUGCUCAUCACUUUUGGUAUCUGCUGUGCCUACAGAAGGGGCUACUUUGCAAACAGUAAAGAGGCUGGGGAAAGCUACAAGGCUCCAGCAAAACCUGAYGGCGUUAACUAUAUCCGAACAGAUGAUGAGGGUGACUUCAGACACAAAUCUUCGUUCGUCAUCUAAGAUGCCAAAAGAAUAUUGCAAACCAGCAAAAGCAAGUGUGCAAAUACCUCCUCCAGGAACUCAACACAAGAGCAAAAGAUGAAACAAGUGCGCUUGGGAGAGUUUGGAACACCCCGGGACUUGCUAGAUAGCUAUCUGUAUACCUUUUUUUCUUUGCCAAAGUUUAAAGUAACUCCUCACUGCCCAGCCUGCAUCUCCCCUGCCUCUGGAGAUACCGACAGGAUCACCUAAACCUCUCCGCRGAGUAAGAAAGGGUUUUAACGCUUCUCCAGACUGCUGUGGAGGUCUGCGGAACUGCCUUCUCUUUGUGCUGCAGGGACGCAGCCACAAGGUGCAAAGCGAGCAGGGAAGCAGCUUUAACGGAGCGCGUAUCUCAGCCCGCUAGGGCAAAAGGGUGCUGAUAUGGCAGCAGAAAGGCCUCGAGGAAUAAGGGUUGUCCAUGCAAGGGGGACUCGCUCUCAGCAGCUCGCUGCUGAGUCACACGUUUGUGAUUGUCUGGCGCUUUCGACUCUCAACUGCUCAGGUGCAGAAUGGGUAGCUGGAUAGUUUACAGUGGCAGAUACCGAAGCAGUAAGUGCAACUAAUGUUCACAGCCCUUUCGUCCACUCCCUUGACUCCUUUUAACACGGAAGCUGGCGCAGGCAGCGUCAGUCCAGCAGGACUGAUCCUGUUCGCUGCUCUGUAGGAACUCACUGCACGCAGGUAACCCCUAAUCCCCAUCUGCGCGGCGCAGACUUGCCUCGGGCGCCUUUUCCAGAGGCUCCCGUUGGAGGCAGAGAACCUAGUGCUAAGACAUCCCUUUCAGGAAAACUAAAGCCAAAUACAGAGUCCCAGAAAAGGUACUGAGAUGUCUUGAAGCUUUUUUACCUUCUGUGUUUAUUUUAUAAAAUCCCACGUUCUAAAUUUUUUGCAAAGAUAUAUUUUGAUUACUACAGAAAAAGGUAACAUUUCUAUUUAAAGUGUAAAUAUGUGAUGCCAGCAGGGUUUAAGUAAUGUAGCUAUUUUUUUACUGUCUAAGCUACAGAGAGGAGCUCUAAUGUUGCAAUAGUAUGGUACUGUCAGAGCAUAUCAGUAUUAUUGCAAAGUGUAAUACACAACUGCAGGUGGAACAGCAUCUCCUUCCUCUUAAGCUAGCUGCAGCAAUUUCCUUGUCACAAGAGGUCUUACAAGGCACAGAGCAGAGUCACUCAGGGAUAGUUUUUGUAAAUUUAUGGCAGGAGCUAUCAACUUUUUUUAAAUAUAAAAAUUACCUUUCUUGCAAGUGACCAACACUUAGUUUUUGUUGUUGCAAGAAACAUCGAGGGAUGGCUUUUGGGAUUCAGUUCUGACAAGGUGACAGAGUGACUUUGUAUUUGCUACCCUCCUCUAACGUUUGCUAAAGCACUAACACCGUUUGUGACAGCGAUGCCGACUUGACAGGCUCAUAUUGCAAAGCAAAGGCAACUGGCUCURGAGUUGGGGAAGCAAAAGCUCAAUACAAAAGCACUUUUGCAGUGUCAUUUGCAAUUUUUCUCUAGACAAUAAAAGAAAAAUAAAGAAUAGUUUCUCAUAGCUUUAAAGGGAAUAAUUGGAACCCCUUGUUUCCUGAAAAUAUGUAUGUUAAUAGUGUUGAACAGCAUUGGGUACUGUAAAACUGCAGGAUGUGGAUGCAACACUAGAACUGUGCUGUGAUUUAAGAUUUUUUUUAUAUGUAGCAUAAUUUAGYGUUCUUGUAUUUCCGAUUGAGUUGUCUUAAUUUUUCAUGUAUACAGUAUUUUGAAUACUUGACMAUUUGGACUGUCAGUGUUAUUUUUUAGUGUUCUGCAUUAAUCUGCUUUGAUCUUUUCACCGAAUAGUUACUCUGUCAACCUAGGGCCCUCGCUGGCCAUGCCAUUGCUGCCUUUGUUUUGCCUAAAAUCUAGCAUUACCACUUUUCCUUUUGCUAAUGAAAGCAAAAAGAGGGGGCAGCCCUAACCAUAUGUUCUCUAUGGAACAGGGCCGUGACCACUGCAAAUGAAUUCGGGCUACCUUUUUAAGACAUGCUCUUCAACCAAGCCACACAGCAUUGCUUACUGUCUGUGUGCUGCCUCUCAUCAUCCUGACCGUAGUGAGGGUAACAUUCCUUUGCACCUUCUGUAUAUCCACUACUCUUUUUUUCUCUUGGUUGUAUUUUUUUUUCUGCUUUUAAGAUACCUGUCGUAAGGGAGAGGAAGAAAAGGUUUGAUUCAGGGUAGCUCUGGGCGCUAUGGGAGUACAAUCUACAGCCUCACCGUGAGCUGAGGGCAGCCUUCGUGUGAGAAACGUGUAAGCUAAGAAUCAAGACUGUGGUUCAGUUGUAAAAAUGUGACAGUGGCAUCUUUAACGAGAGAAGGGGAGAUGACCCCCUAAAAGAGCUCACGAGACAUGAUUGACUAGAACUCAUUG